UGAUAUUCAGUAUACCUGGUGCUGGCCACGCAGGCGAGUCUCUGCCUCAGAGCUCCUUCACAUGUGACUGUGUGGGUGCAAAAGGAAGUCUUAGAAUUAUAGACAGACAUCAUUGAAAUAACAAAUCUUUGAUGUUAGUUUACCUGCAUCGAAAUGUAGAGCGUGUGAUAUAAUAUGCAGCCUUCACCAGUGUAGCAUGUGUUCCUUCGAUACAUUUAGAUUCUUAUAAAGGUGAGCAUGGCAAACGUAAAGUGAUGAAUAAGUGAUAUAUCUAGAAAAUAUAUAUAAUACAGUACAUUGGAGCAUUUCCUGGACACAAAUUCUUCCCGUGGAAAGAUGGUGCUCCCUGGAAUCCUCCGACGGGUGAACAAAACCCUUCCAGCCUUACUUCAAACCAUCGCCAUCAUCUGCUUCAUUCACUACAUUGCAAAGGGUGUUCUUGUUAAAACACACAUGAAGAUGACACAUCAGGACUACCACUUCCGAACCAAAGCAGGCUCCCCACACGCGCAUGCCGGGCGAGCGGCGAAGCUUAACGCAGGAACACGCCAUAGCAGUUCCAGCCCUCACAGUACAGCAGCUAGCUCUUCCUCCACUUCCACUACAACUGCCACGGCUUCAACCACCACGCCUAUGCCCACCUUUCCCGAUGAAGUCAUAGAGCAGGAGCAGCAGCGGAGACUGGACACGUUACACCAAGCCUGCACCAGGAUGAAUAUGGGAUUAUGGAAAAAUGGAGAGGAGAGUAACUUCACGAAAGAAGAGAGCUUGACCAUAGCCGCCGUCCCCAAGAUCCCCUUGUACCAGGCACUGCUCGUAUCGGAGAAGAAAAAGCUCGCCGUGUGUCCAGUAGUACGAGCCGGGACGCAGUGGCUGUCGCGGCGCCUUCUACAUCUAACAGGGAAAUUCAGCAAAACUCAGCUUUAUCGGCUACACGAGCCUCCUUCUGCCAUCGUUCGGCAUCAUUACGCUUACCUUAGUUCUUGGGAAAAGUAUCCUGUGGUACUGGCUCAAUGUGUUACAAUACUGAUGGGGCGCCACCCGCUGGACCGUCUCUUGGCAUCCUACCGUCACGUGCUGGAAGACCCGGACAAGAAUCCUCAUGGAUACCUUCACUACGGGAAGCGUAUUGUGCGCGCCUACAGGAAGGCACCAACACCCUCGAAGGGACCAACUUUUGAAGAAUUCGUGAGAUUUCUUCUUGAGCACGACUCUCAUCAUCUGGAUGAAGCGUGGCAGCCCACCAUUCGUCGCUGCACGCCUUGCCACAUUCCUUAUAAUGUGGUAGUGCACUACGAGACUCUCUGGCAUGAUAUACAAUGGGCGUGGAAGAAAGCAGGUCUUGUAUCACUCAACACCACUGACUAUUUUGUUCAGACAAUCACUCCACAGAUUCGCAGAGAGUAUUUCUCCCAACUAACUCUCGCGCAAAUUAUUUCAUUGUACAAGAAAUUCAAAUUAGAUUUCGAAAUAUAUGGUUACUCCCUAGAGGAGCACAUAGCCUACGCCCAGCCUGGGGACGAGGCCAUAGAUCCUGCCAUUAUGAAUAAUUUACCUCGCAAUAACCCAGAUCUUCUUCAGAAGUAUAUGAAAGAAGAAGAGGAAAAAACAUUAAAGGAGGAUAAAGAUGGAGAUGAGCUACAAUUGCCGCUGGAGUCCUCCUUCACAGGAGGAAAGGGCCCUGAGGAGAUAGCUGAUAACUUUCUUAUUCCUUCUGCAGAUGACUAACAACUUAAAGUCUCCGGAACUUUCUAGACCACCGUUAACUGGUUACUGACAUCGUAUGUACGUAUAACCCAGACCACUGUUAUACAGGAGGUAUUACGGUUAGGUUUACGUACUUGAUACCAAAACAUGCAAGGUUGGGCGAUUAGCGCUAAUGAGAGGUUUGAGAAGGGAUUGUCUUUCCUCUUAGCUCCCUCUAUCUAUUCCUUCUAUGGGAAAGAAGACGCAUUUACGUAUUUGUGUAGACUUCCACAUCUUGUCCAGGUUGCAGCGAGUCUCUAGUAUGCUGGUGAUAGCAAAUCAAUGCCCGUAAGUAUGCCUGUGCUCUCCUUUUGGUUAACAGGCGCGAGAUCAAAACGCCAGUUGAUUGAAACAAAAUGAGAGCUCAGUUGUACUAAGGACUUGCGUUUAACUGAAAUCAGUAUCAAGAGCAAAUGCGAAUUAAAAGCAGGAUAAAGAUUCAAAGCAUUAUACCACAAAUUAACACUGUAUUUACAAGGAAAUUUUUGAGACAUGACAAUAUAAUGAAAUAACACUGUCUAAGAAAGCUUUGUGUUGAAAACUAUAGCAUCAGCUGGAAGAUACAGUAUACGUGACGUAACUUCGCUGUGGUUAUGAAUAUUUGUCAUCGAUGAUUUCCCGAAUGAGCAGAAACAUUUUUCGCAAACUGAAAGUAAUAUGUAACUUUCGAGUGCUGAAAUUUUUGUGAUUAAACAUACCACGAGAAAAAUUUUCCAAAUAUAAUUGACAUUCCCUAUCCACCACAAAAAAAAAAAAAAAAAAGAUCUAAUCACCUGGG